AUGAAGUCAUCAGCACGGAUCUCUAUUCGUGAUACUUAUGGAGAGCAUUCCCAUAUUUACUAUCCCAUCAUCAUCAUUGGAACUGGACCUUCAGGCACAGCCAUGGGCUGUCAGUCAAAAAGCAAGCUUCAUUUUGACCAGUUCAAAAUAUUUGAUGGCCACGAGGAGCCUGGAGGCACAUGGUGGGCGAACACAUAUCCCAGAAUCGUCGCAGAGGUAUCUGAGAUGAUGGACAAGAUCAAUUUGAACACGGAGUUCAAGAGCUUGAGAUGGAAAGAGGAGGAAGAAGAAAAGUGGGAAAUAGAGAUUUGUCAAUUUUCCCCAAAGGCCAAACCCAUAACUCAUAGUCGACUCGAGACAAUCCGGGCCAAAGUCGUUAUUAGUGGUGCCGGCAUUCUUACCAAUCCUGAUGGUUGGCCAGAAACUGUCUCUGGAAGGAACACGUUCAGCGGUGAGAUUUUGCACUCUGCUCGAUGGCCGAGGAAUGACAAUCUUAAAGGAAAAGACGUGGUGCUUAUAAGCUCAGGCUGCACCACCGCUCAGAUUGCACCCUCAAUUCUUCGAACCCAGCUCGAGUUAUUGACGCACAUUAUACGGAAUCCACCGUGGUGUGUUCCUCGUAUUGAAGAACCGGGAGGUAAAGAAGUUUACGCAAAAUUCGCACCUACGAUUCACGGCUCCGUACCGAUUUUGGACUUUCUCGUUCGGUUCAUUAUUUGCUGCAUGUCUGAGUUGCUACGGUACGCUACAUACAAACGAAACAAUUGA